AUGUUCAAGCCUUCCUGCGUCUUCGUCAUCAUGGGGGCAUCAGGGGAUCUUACUUAUAAGAAGCUUAUCCCUGCCAUCUACAGCCUUGCCUCGGACGGCUACCUUCACAAGGACACUUGCAUCCUUGGCGUUGCACGCUCAGACAUUAAGCUGGACGCCUUUCAUAGUCGUAUUAAGGACGGUAUAGAUAAGUAUUCACGCCAUGGGACAGGCCCUGGGUCUGCUACAAAUCGAGAACCCUGGAGCACCUUUGUGAAGAGACUCAACUACCAUCGCAUAAACAACAUGGAGGCACUGAGUGACUAUAAGGCGCUAGCGGAGAUUGUACUCUGUAAGGAGCCGUAUAAGGACCUUGAGCGCGUUGUCAUUUAUCUUGCCCUCCCGCCUGGCGCUUUCUAUGCCGCAGUCACCAACUUGGGGGAGUCGGGUCUCAAUAACAGGAAGUGUACAAUAGUAGUGGAGAAGCCCCUCGGGUCAGAUCUCCACACAGCCAUGGAACUCGAAAAGUUGCUCCACAGCCAGUUCAAAGAAGACCAGAUAGCCCGCAUUGACCAUUAUCUGGGGAAGAUGCAAGCACUCAAUAUGAUGGGCUUCCGAUUCUCCAACGCGUUUGUUGAGCCAAUCUGGAAUGACAAGUACAUAGAUCGCAUCAUCAUCACUGCCUCUGAGGAGAUAGAUGUUAAUGGGCGGAUCAGCUACUACGACGCCAACGGCAUCAUUAUUGAUAUGGUUCAAUCCCACCUUCUUCAGCUUCUUGCCCUUACGACCAUGGAAGCCCCCAUAGACAUGACCGCAGAUGGCAUACGCAACGAAAAGGUGAAGCUUCUGAAGUCCGUUGACCCCAUUCGUGUCGAGAAUGUCCUGACAGCCCAGUACGACGGGUACCUCAAACACGAGGGCGUUCCGGAGGGCUCUCUUGCUCCAACAGCUGUCUGUCUUAGGGUGUCCAUCAACAAUGCACGCUGGAAAAGGACGCAGUUCAUCAUCCAGACAUGCAAGUGUGGGGCUACGCGCGAGACCCGAAUUGAUGCUGUCAUGCGUCCUUCGGGGUCGCGCAUUCUCAAUACUGUUAGCAUGGUUCCGGAUCCUAACAUUUUCUCGUUCCUCGUGCACCCCACCGAAGGGAUUCAGAUCAGUUUCGAAACCAUGGUGCCAUCAAUAUCUUCUUCCACUCUUGCGUGCGACAACAGUGGAUGCAUCGAACGGGAGCCGGGUCCGUUUUUGACCAAGCCCGUGACGCUGGACUUUGACUACCAGAAGUCGCAUAUCAUCACCCAAUCAGCAUAUGAGCGUCUGCUACAAGAGGCGGUUGCAGGGGAUCUAUCCAACUUUACACGUACUGAUGAGGUAGUUGCCCAGUGGAAGAUCGUAGCAAACAUAUUGGAUAACAGCAGGAACAAGCCCAUCAUAUACGCUAAGGGCCUUCGUCUUCUUCAUCCCAUCUGCCUCGACACUUGGAACUACGGAAAGGAGUACAUACGUCGCUUAGCAUACGGCCAUUGCAGGUUGCGUGUUGCUUGGGAAAUCACUGCCACGGCAAUACUCGCGUGCGAGACCGUCAGUAAUAAGGUCAUUCACUCCGUCGCACUGUGGGCUGAGACCCACACGCUGAAUAAUAGCUUUGACAUAAUUCUCGCCGGUGGCACCACCCCCAAGCAUUGCUAUGAACACAUGAGCCGCCAUCUGAUCAAGCACUUACCACUGGAGGUGCGGAAGCGCAUAUUCAUCUGGCUUUCAGAUGAGCGUGAGGAUACGUGUGCCAGGAACAACGGGAAAAUGAUCAAGGAGUGCUUUAAGGACAGCGGAGUUGUUAUCAAUGAAAUCUAUGAUGGAAGCAAGAGCUUUGAGACCAGCAUCCGAGAGUACUCAAAGAAACUCGAAGGAGUAGAGGUCUUUAGGGCAGCAAUUCUGGGGAUAGGCACAGAUGGCCACAUAUGCUCACUCUUCCCAGGUUGUCUUCCCACUCUCACCAGCAGAGAAGAUCAGUGCAUCAUGGUUGAAGUCCCUCAGCUGGGAGAGCGGCGAGCAACCAUCACUCCUCUGGUCAUACAAAGAAUUGCAGACGUUAUCAUCCUUGCCACUGGAGAAGAUAAGACCACAGCAUUGACUCGACUUGCCUACGCGCCUUUCCAGCCGGCCUUCAUUCCUGCACAGUUGGCCACUGCACAGUCUAGCACAACUGUGGUCUGUGAUCACACCGCGCGUUCAUCUAGGCCAGUGUUCAAUUAA